AUGAUCCGCGCAGCUAUGCCCUCCCUCCACCACCCCGAAUUCCGUCCUCACCACCCCUUCCCCCGCCUCCAUCACGAAGAACUCGACAAUUUCGCUCAAAGGUUCGGCAUCAAGGUUUACAGACCGAGGGAGGUGGAUUGGGCCAAGGCGAAUGAGGGGAGGGGAGGGGAUGGACUGAUGGUUAUGGGGAGGACGGUGGUGGAGGCGUGUUUUGGGUGGGGGUGUAGGAGGGGGGAGGUUGAGGCUGCGUUUAGUGACAUUUUGGAGGAGGUUGUGGGGGAGGUGGAAAAGAAAGGGGAGGAGGGUGUGAGGAUUUGUAGAGUGCCGAGGAUUGUGGGGGGAGAUACGUUGUAUGACGGGCUUUUGGAUCAAGAUGAGGGUUCCCUUAAAGAGCCCAGGCCGGAGAAAAAUGGUGUGAAACAGAACAUGAACGGGACCCUGGAAGAAAAGACCCAGAACGGCAAGAAGAACACCCCCAUAAGCAUAAAAUGGGCAAUCAACAACACCCGCCCCGCCUUCGACUGCGCAGACUUCAUGCGCUUCGGCACCGUCCUCAUCGGCCAGCUCUCCAACGUCACCAACCCCAAGGGCGUCGACUAUCUCCGCGCCGUGCUGCCCGAGCCCUACACGGUCGAGCUCCUCAACACCACCGACGACCACGCGAUGCACAUAGACGCUACCAUCCUUCCUUUGCGCCACGGAACGUUGGUCUACUGCCCCUCGCGCGUCACGGAGGAGGAACUGCGACGGCACGAGGUUUUUAGGGACUGGGAUCUGAGGCCGCUGCCGUGGAACCCCGAGGAGGAAGAAGACGAGGAUGAUACUGAUGAUGAUGGACCGCCGAGGUACAUGUGCUCCAAGUGGUUGGUUCUUAAUGCCAUGAGUGUCAAUGAGAAGACUAUUGUGGUGGAGGAGAGGCAGGAGAGGUUUGCGAGGUGGUUGGAGGAGGAGUUUGGGAUGGAGGUUGUGAGGUUGCCGUUUAGACAUGUGAAUAGCUUGGGGGGAUCGUUUCAUUGUGCUACUGUUGAUUUGGCUAGGGGGGAGUUUUGA